AUGUCAGGUCAGGUACGUAUAUAUAUCAAGUGCCACGGUGCACAGUGUCACAGCUGUGAAUUUGUGUGUGUGUGUGUGUGUGUGUGUGUGUGGUUUCUCCACAGGCUGGGUUGGUGUAAUCUCACAGAGGGCUGCUGUGAUGUUCUGGCCUCAGUCCUGCGUUCUCCUGACUCAGAGCUGAGAGAUCUGGAGCUCAGAGACAACGAGCUGCAGGAUUCAGGAGUGAGAGCGCUCUCUGCUGGACUGGAGGACCCACACUGUAAACUGCAGAGACUGGGGCUGUCAGGCUGUAGAGUCACACAGAGAGGCUGUGAUUCUCUGGCUUCAGCUCUGUGCUCAAACCCCUCACACCUGAGAGAGCUGGACCUGAGAUACAAUCACCCAGGAGACUCAGGAGUAAGAGCGCUGUCUGCUGCAAAACUGGACACACUCACACUGCUUGUGGACCAUGGAGGAGAGAACAGGACCAAACCAGGACCCAGGAAAUACGGCUGUCAGCUCACACUGGAUCCAAACACAGCGCACAGAGAGCUGUCUCUGUCUGAGGGGAACAGGAAGGUGACACACACACCGGGGAGUGAGCAGCCAUAUCCUGAUCAUCCAGAGAGAUUUGAGCAUGUGCCCCAGGUUGUGUGCAGAGAGAGUGUGUGUGAGCGCUGUUACUGGGAGGCUGAGUGCAGUGGGCCUGAGAGGUGGUGGGAGGGAUUGGUUUCUAUAGCAGUGACAGAUAAAGGAAUCAGCAGGAAAGGAGAGGGUUCUGACUGUAGGUUUGGAGAGAAUAGAAACUCCUGGAGUCUGGAGUGUAUAUUCAGUUACUUUGAUAAAUUCAGCUACUCUGAUGAACUCAGUUACUCUGUCUGCCACAAUAACAACAAAACACGCCUACCUGUCCCCUCCCCCUACCGCAGAGCAGGAGAGUGUGAUGAUGAUGCUGAUGUGUACAGGGUAGGAGUGUGUGUGGACUGUCCGGCCGGCACUCUGUCCUUCUACAGUGUCUCUGACUCUGACACACUGACCCUCCUGCACAGAUUCCACACACACUUCACUCAACACACACCCCUCUGUGCUGGAUUUAGAGUGUGUGACUCCUCAGUGUCCCUCUGCAAACUGGAGUAGAGACACACACACACAUUCACACACACACGUGCGCGCACACACAAACAUGCACACACGCAUACACACACACACACACACACACAUGCGCAUACACACUCGCACGCAUGCACGCACACACACACACCACAUUCAUAUACCCACUCACAAACACACACACCACACACUCACAUACACAUACACACACACACUCAAUCACACAAUCACACACACACUCAGAUACACAUAGACACACACACACCCACACCUACACACACACAUCCACACACACACAUACUCUCACACACACCCUUUCUCUCUCACACUCACACUCAUGCACACACACUCUCAAAUACACACACUGAUGUACACUCAUGCACACGCACUCACACACCUACGCAUGCACACACUCGUGCACACCCACUCACACUCACACACACAUACACACUCUCUCACACCCAAUCACUCACACACCUAAUCACACACAUGCACACACACACCUACACACAUGAACACAAUCUCUUGCACACAAACACACAUUCACCAGUUCACUCUCACGCGCACACACACAUGCCUGCAUACGUACACAGGCUCAAAACUGUAUGCACACACACACUAUCUCUCUCUCUCAUACUCAGUCACUCACAUAAACACACUCACAUCCACACACAUUCACACAAACGCAAGCAUACACACACAAACUCAUGCACUCAUGCGCACACACACACAUGCGUGCAGAGACACAGACACGUGUCAACACACACACUCCUCAGUGUCCCUCUGCUAACUGGAGUAGACACACACACAUGCGCGCACACACAAACAUGCGCACACACACACACGCAUACACAUACACACAUGUGCGCAUACACACUCGAACGCAUGCACACACACACAUAUAUACACACACUCAUAUACACAUACACACACACACUCAAUCACACACUCACACACAUAUAUAAACACAAACACUCAUAUACACCUAGACCCUCACACACCCACACCUACACACACACACUCACAUACACACACACAUAUAUACACACACACACUCAUAUACACACACACACAUACACUUAUAUACACAUACACACACACUCAAUCACACGCUCACACAUAUAUAUAUAUACACACACUCAUAUGCACCUAGACCCACACUCACACACCUAUACACACUCUCGCACACCCAGUCACACACACACACACACACCCUUUCUCUCUCAGUCAUGCACACACACUCACAAAUACAUACACUCAUGUUUACUCAUGCUCACGCACUCACACACCUACGCACGCACACUCUCUCACACCCAGUCACUCACACACACCUACAGACAGACACACACAAUCUCACACACACACACAGACACGCGCAUGCAAACAUACACACGCUCAUACCCGUAUGCACACACACACACACUCUUUCUCUCACUCACACACUCACAUACAGUAUAUAGACACACACAUUCGCAAACGCAUGCGCACACACACUCAUGCACUCACACACAAACACAAACGUGUCAACACACACACAUUCUCAUUCCCAUACACACA